CCUGACGUUGGUCCUAGAGGUUCAGCCGCAGAGAGAUGGGUCCUUGGCGCUAUUUGAUUGGCCUGUGCUGUUUCCUACAGGCGCCUCUGGCCGGAGCAGACAUGCCGUUGCUGGCCAACUCGGAUUUCUUUAGCCUCAAUCCCACCCAGACUACGAUUGCGCUGGAGCAGCCGAUCUGCAUGUUUAAAUCGGCCGUUAACGUCUAUCUAAUCGGGAUCGUGGCAGGUGCCCCAAACACCCCGCUUUAUGACGGCAAUAAGAAGGUUAAUGCCUCAACCUACAGCGGAACCCAGGGGGGCAAGACGGGACCCUAUAUCGUGGCCAAACUUCCCAACCAACAAUGUAUCAACAUACAGGCCCUGAGCAAUAUGGCCGACCCCACGCAGGUGCAGUCCAUCCUUAGCAAAUACGUCGUGAGAGUGGGGGCCGACGUGACCUGCUUAACCAAUCCCAACUUUGUGGGGUACUGCAACGCCCCCCUGCAGGGGAACACUCAAUACAGUUUCAAGUAUCUGUUUACAGACAGUGGGGAUAUUGUGCAGUCCGAGACCAGCUGGUCCCUGGGCAUCACUACCGUCAAUGGCAAAGCUUCUAGUACCAUAGACACCUGGCCGGGCAGGAGGAGUGGUGGCAUGAUUGUCCUGACCUCCAUUCUCAGCACUCUGAUGUUCUUCGUUUUCAUUGCCUACGUCAUUGGCUUUGCUUACUCCAUAGCGAACGGAUCUCCUGCCAAGGAGGUGAGCAGACACGAUACCCAGACCACUGCCGUCCUACAGAAAGCUCAGGAACCCGGAGAGGUCACGUAUUCCUCAGCACUUACCGGCUCGGAGCGCUAUGCGCCUACCCAACAGGCCUGAGCUGCUGUUCCUAAUCGGUUCUAAUGGAAAUAGCUGAGGUCUUGAUCAUUUAACGGGCCAAUGAGGUUAGGGCAGAUCGUAGGAACGUUGCGCAUCCCAUGAUGCUCCAUAGACUGUGUAGGAACAUCGGCCAAUCCCACAAUCGUUCACAAUCAGUCUAAACCCCCAAGCUGUGAUUAUUUUUGUUUGCUUUUUUUAAUUGUAUAGAAUAACAUUUUAUUCGACGCAUUUAUAUCGAUAAUAAAAGGCGCAUUUUGGAACACGUGUUGAGCUUCUAUGGAAAUCCAUUGGGGGUUCCUACAGUUGGACUGUUUGUGCCGUUUGCACGGAUAUGGCUUUGUAUGGGGAAACUUUCCAAAUAAAUAUUUGUUGUUGUUUUUUGUAACACACAGAAA